AUAUUGCUAAUUUAUUUGUUAUAUUCAAAGACCUGCAGAAAUUGAGUAUAAAAAGACUCCGACGAGCAGUUAAUACAUCAUCUGAUACGAGUAUCUUGUUCAGAAGACGCUAAAAAAUAAUCCUGUACAAAAUGUUGUACUAUUUGAUCGCUUUUUGUGCCAUUGCUGUGCUUGGAGCUUCAGCUCAAAAACAAACUUCAUAUGGAGUCACUCAAAAUGAAGCCCCAGACUCUCUUUCGUGCCCUAAAGUCCGUCCCUUCUAUGUCAACUUAAACCGAAUGACUGGCAGAUGGUUUUUACAAUUGAUUAGCAGCAACACUGGUCUUCAACAUGAUACUGAAACUUGCAAACGAGAUUUCUGGAACCAGCCUAAUGGAAAUAAAGCACAAGUUAUUUUGUCUGCCUAUUCACCAGUACUCGGCGGUUACUCAGAAGUUGUUACUGAUCUUUCAUUUAACGCUAAUACAUACAACAUGACCAUCGUAGUACCAAUUAUCGAAAACAUUAAUGUCAAGCACUCCAUUCUUGACACAGAUUAUUACAGCUACGCCAUAUAUUACGCAUGCAUCACCGAUGGAAGUAACUCGUAA